GCGAGACCUCGCCGGCGGCGCACAGCUCCGGGCACUUGCCCUUCCUGAGCCGGCGUCGGCGGUGCAGUGCGCAGGCGCGGCCUUCGGGUUUCCCCGGCUACAGUCGGCGCUUCGGCCCGCUAGUCCGCCGCCCGCUCUUCCGCCGCCCUGCGCCAUGGCGGGCUGCGCGGCGCGGGUUCCGCCGGGCUCCGAGGCGCGCCUCAGCCUCGCUACCUUCCUCCUGGGCGCCUCGGUGCUCGCUCUGCCGCUGCUCACGCGCGCCGGCCUGCAGGGCCGCACCGGACUGGCGCUCUACGUGGCCGGACUCAACGCGCUGCUGCUGCUGCUCUACCGGCCGCCUCGCUACCAGAUAGCCAUCAGAGCUUGUUUCCUUGGCUUUGUGUUUGGCUGCGGUGUGCUGCUAAGUUUCAGCCAGUCCUCUUGGAAUCACUUUGGCUGGUACGUGUGCUCGCUGUCCCUGUUCCACUAUUCUGAGUACUUAGUGACAGCUGUCAAUAACCCCAAAAGUCUGUCCCUGGACUCCUUCCUCCUGAAUCACAGUCUGGAGUACACAGUAGCUGCCCUGUCUUCUUGGAUAGAGUUCACGCUUGAGAACAUCUUUUGGCCAGAACUGAAGCAGAUUACCUGGCUGAGUGCCACCGGGCUGCUGAUGGUGGUCUUCGGAGAAUGCCUGAGGAAAGCUGCCAUGUUUACAGCUGGCUCCAACUUCAAUCAUGUGGUGCAGAGUGAAAAGUCAGACACCCACACUCUGGUGACAAGUGGGGUGUACGCUUGGUGCCGGCACCCCUCCUAUGUGGGCUGGUUUUACUGGAGUAUCGGAACCCAGGUGAUGCUGUGUAAUCCCAUCUGUGGCGUGGUCUAUGCCCUGACCGUGUGGCGCUUCUUCCGUGAUCGUACAGAAGAGGAGGAGAUCUCGCUGAUUCACUUUUUUGGGGAAGAAUACUUGGAUUAUAAAAAGAGGGUGCCCACAGGCCUGCCUUUCAUAAAGGGGGUCAAGGUGGAGCUAUGACGUGGUGAGGCCACGUGGGACCAGGGAACCUCUGGCCCUGCGCAGCCUAGGACAAAACUGUUUCAAGUUGGGCACUGCAGAGUGAGUUUUCUUAAUUGUUUUAUAUGUAACUAAUUACUCCUCAGAACGUCACCCAGGACCUAAUGUUGAGAAGACCUUGGGUCCAAAGGAGCCACGACAGCCAUCUCCUGCACUGAAGGCAGAUGGAGCAAGGAGUGUGUCGAGGCGGCUCGUCAGCACUCUUCCACUGUGGCGGGGUGAUGACCCAAGCCACAGUCCUAUGUCCCCUCAGGCCAGAGUGUGUUUGCACGGUGACCAGGACACUCGGGAGAGGUGGACACUGCCCUUCGCAGCGCUCGGCCCACUGGAGGUGUGGUCAGAGUGGCCGUGCUGAGCAUCAGUGGUGGAAAUGCUUUCAUUUAACCCACAACACAACCCAGCUUUAACCUUCGUCCGCCCAUAAGUGCAUGAGCAUCUGCAUUAACUCUGAAGACUUCUGCCCUCGGCUCAUUGUACAUUUAAUCAUAUUUACACACCAGAUUUAUAAAAAUAGCAGUGUAGAUUCCAAGGGACACUGAGCCUCCCUGCCUGGGAGUUUCUAAGUCCAGCUUUUACGUGGUAACAGGUAGCACAGACCCUCAGGUGCUCUGCAGCUUUUGAGUAGCCAUUGAACCUGGGCUGAGGAUGGGGGCCCUGGGUUCUUCCCAGGUCCUGGCCUUGGCUCGUCUGUAGGUAAUGUCCUAGGAAGUAAUGUCCGUGCUCAUUCCGAGAAUGCUGCCCUCCAUGUGUUUAGGAUUGUUCUUAUUUAUCAUAGCUUGCGUUUUUUGUUUCUGUGUUGCAAUGAGUCUGUCAAAUUAGUUUCCUGUGUUUUUUCAAAGUAAGCCACCCUCCUGCUGUAGCAGGUGUUUUCCAGAAGGUUCCAGCACAGCUCAUGCAUCUGCAACCUGAGGCACAUUAACCCUCAGCAGUCGACAGUAGAGGGGCCUCGUUGAGUUUCCUUAGUAUCUUUGUUCUGCUGGUCUGGAAGAACCUUUGGCUUUCUCUAUAUUGAGCACAAAAGCUUUAGGAGGUGUAGCUCUGAAUUAAUCCUGGACUGGAUAAGAGCCUGGUCCUGGUGUGAGGUCCUUCCAGAUUUGGUUUGGUUUGUUGUCCUCAGAGCGCCUACCUCUAACCCUGAUAUAGAAAUCUUAAAGUCUGCCAAUCAUGAGCACAGAGUCAUGGGUGGAGAAUCUAGUGGGAAAAUCUUGAGUGUCUCAGCUCACACCCAGCUCUGAUAAAGGCAUGCUGUGAGGCUGAACGGAUCGGUGUACCUUGCCUUCCCUGCCAGCUCCAGCAGAAUCCAGAUCAACCUGCAUAGUGCUCUGUGCUGCAGCCAGGUCCUCUCAGACUUGAGAAAACCCUUUUCCUUCUCCCCUGUACCACUGAGCAGGCAUUGCUGGGUCGAAAAGAAUGGAUACUUAGUUUAUUUAGUGUUUCUGGCCUUUAGACAUCUGGUAACCCUUGAGUACAGCUCUGUCUCGCUCAGACCUCCUUCCUUCACAAGCACACCAGGGCACAGCAGCACACUUGGUAUGUCAGGUCAGACAAGCCCAGGCCCCAACAGUGGCCAUGGUGUUGCUAAGCACACUGGAAGCUUGCUGUACGUAGGCCAGGUCUCCACUAGGGUACCAAAGUGGGCUUGGUAAUUAAUGCCAAGCUGGAAUCCAGCAGGACAUAAGUGCUCAUGAGUGCUGACUUAGGGCUUCAUGUUGGCAGUGGCAGCAUUGUCAUCUUCAGGAACAAUGUUGACAGUCGUAGCCCGAUGGGGAGAUGCAGACUUUGGCCGCUCACAGUUUACUGGUUGGCUGGCUGAAGUAGGACUGCUGUUCUGUGCCACAGCAAACUGCUGCUGCUGGGCUUUCUCAGCAGAGCCGGUGGGCAUGUGUGGCUGCUGGGUCUGCAGGCCUGUCCCACAAGUACUCAGAGGCCCGUGUGAAGGGAGCUGGGAUGGAGGGUAUAGCUCUGGCCAAGAGGAUGGCAAAGGUUACUAUGAGUGAGUGCUCAAUAUCGAGAUACUGUAGGACCUUGUCAGGCUGGAGAGAACAGUCAAGUGGCUGGUUCUGUGUUGUAAUGCAGCCAGAGUUGACAGAACCUCGGGGACUGAGUAAAUGAGGAAUUCUAGCUUAUUCUUGACAUACUAGACAGGCAUUCUAUCAGCAGGGAGGUGACCCCAGUUCCAGUCCCUCCACCAAAACUUGUGAGAAUCCAGAACCUCAAAGACUUGUGCCCUGGUUUGUCAUAAGCCAGGGAAGGCGCAGGAAAGCCUCGAGCCAGCCCAGCUGGAAGUGUUCUCCGGGUCGCCCGGCCCAUCGCUGCUGCAGCCAGGACCCCAAGACCACUUCCACACUCCGCAGUGGUGCUGACCAAGGGUGAAGGUGGGGAUGUGGCCAGAGCACUGCUAAUUACCACGCCCUCCUGUGCUCCGGCCAGGCCGGCCUCCCCCACAGGGGUGUUGUGGGAAGAUGAGCUGGGCGGCAUAAUGAAAUCUUAGGACGAGAACCAGGUUUCUGUGUGUUAGAAAGCAGUGUGUUCUAUAACGUGUGUCCAAAAAACAUUCUGCCAGCUUGCAAGUAAUUUUUAGAUUUUUAUGGCUUAAUUUUGUUGUUGUUGUUGUUGUUCUAUAUACCAAAGAGGCUUACGGGUUUGCCAGUUACCGUGUGAGGCCAGUUAGUUGGCUCGGGAGCUGCCAGCCUUCAGGACCUGAGGCUUGCGGAGCUCUGUGGCAGCCGUGGCUGUUGUCCACACCAAGCUGCCCAGGAAUAAGCAUGGUGAUAUGAGUGGAGACAGUCCACACUUCCUCUAGCCAACCCCACUUGCUAGGCUGCAAAUGGGAGGAAAUGGAUUGUGCAGUCAUCCCCGGCUCUGUCAGUGCGUCUAAGCUGGGCCGGCUCCAGCCUCCCAUCCCCUGGAGGGCCAUGAAGUUGUCUUUUUGAUGGAUGGGGAGUGGCUAAUGGGAGCCCUUGGCAUUGUGGGCGGUAAGGCUGAACAUUGGCAUUGGAUGUCACCCUCCACCUGCCAGAGGCCAGCGAGAGGGAGCCCAGGUCCUGGGACUCUUGGUGAGACUCUAGGGUUGCACCCUGGAGACGGGAGGCUGUGUUCUUUCAAGAGCAUCCCAGGGGAUGUGGGUGGAGGAAGACCAGGCCACCCUUCUGACACUCCCAGGAUGGCAGUCGGCAAUCCACCAGGGAAUAUGCCUCUUUCCGGCAGGAUUUGGCAGGUGGUUGGUCUCUGCUGCUGAGGGCUGGAGAGUAUUUUACCGCUAUGAAUGUAGCCGUAACCGGGGGCAGCAGAAUUGGGUUGCUGGGGCUUUUCAGGUAUUCUAAGGGCUGCCAUGUCCUAGGGUUUCCACAGAUGGAGUUGUCAAGAGGUUGAUUUGUGUACUUGCAGGCUUCAGAGUGCAGGUGUCUGUGUGGAAAGUGGGUACCUUACAGAAAAUAGGCUACUUGGCGGUCGUCGGGUGGAAGCAUUCAGGAGGCCCCGCGGCUGCUACAAGCCAGUGUGCAGGGCAGAAAGCUAACAGAGGUGUCCUUGGUGGGAGCUGCUGCUUGGACCUAGGGUGUCGCCUUAUCGAUUCUUCCCACUUAGUUGCUAACUUGAGGCCACUCAGCGGCAAGUCCCUGAGGACUCAGCCAAAGCUCCUGGGUCGCCUCCUCUGCAUUCUCCCCUGCCUUAGAUAUCUCUGCUUUACAGUGGUGAUGGCAAGGUAGAGCCCCCAGCCUCCAGAUGGGCAGGGCGGGCAGCUGCUUGGCUGUGAAGCUUGUCCCUCACUCGUCCUGAGCCCCGCAGGCCUCUGUCCUGAGUGGAGGCAGCUUGUCUGACCCAUUGCAAGGAAGGAGGACUGGAGUAAUCACUGUAUUCUUCUUUUUACAUACAGAAAUGUUUAUUUAAAUAUAUUAAAUGGGAUUUUCUUUCACAGAUACUGAAUAUUCUUUCUAAUUCUUAAAUAAAACUGUACUUGGUUUCACUAUGA